AUGGGGAAGCAUCAGAAGAUUCAGGCCACCCAGAACUACUCGGCUAACCUGGAUUAUUAUAUGGGUUCUAGUUCUGUGUUACCUCUGUACAACAACCCGUUUAACUCCACAGACCUCAUUUGUGAAAAAAGUCACACUCAGCAGUUUGCUCAAACUUUCCUGCCAGCAUUUUUCUGGAUUGUAUUCCUCACUGGUACACUGGGUAAUGCCUUAGUCAUCUUUGUCUACUGGACAUACAGAUAUAAGAAGAGCAUCACUGACAGAUACCUGCUGCACCUGACCAUUGCUGAUCUACUCCUUGUUUUCACUCUCCCUUUCUGGGCAAAAGCAGCUUCAGAUGGAUGGACCUUGAAGAAUGUCAUGUGUAAAAUUCUCAAUAGCAUGUAUAAGAUCAACUUCUACAGCUGUAUGUUGUUUCUGACAUCCAUUAGUUUUGACAGGUACAUUACAAUUGUCCGGGCCAUGAAAGCUAAGAACUCUAAGCGAAAAAGGCUUCUGUGCAGUAAACUAGUUUGCUUUGGUGUUUGGCUGAUUGCAACAGUCUUAUGCAUCCCAGAAAUAGUAUACAGUGAAUCUAAGCAAGUUAGUAAUACAACUACCUGCAAGAUGGUAUACCCUGCCACAGUGACCCGAACCACCAAAGUUACUGUCCUAGCUUUGAAAAUCACAAUAGGAUUCCUCCUUCCUCUCUUCAUCAUGGUUACUUGUUAUGCUUUUAUAAUUCAUACCCUCCUUCAAGCCAAAAGAUCCCAAAAGCACAAAUCAUUAAAGAUCAUCAUCGUUAUUAUUACAGCUUUCCUCCUCUCCCAGUUGCCCUACAACAGCAUUUUGCUGGUCAAAACUAUCAAUGCCUAUACCAUGGUCAUAUAUGACUGCAAAACCUCUGAUAACAUUGACCUCGGAUUCCAGAUAACUCAGAGCAUCGCCUUCCUUCACAGCUGCCUGAACCCCUUCCUCUAUGUGUUUGCUGGGGAGAGAUUCCGUAAAGCCCUCUUUAAAACUCUGGAGAACGUGACGCAUUGGACUGGCAAGAGCCGAGAACAGAGCUCUUUCAUAUAUGAUAGCCAAGAUGGGAGCUCAAAUAAGUCCUCUGCAUUGCUGGGACGGUGA